AUGGACUUUGACACUCUUCGAGUAUAUUACCAGCGGUUUUUCCCCUAUCAGGACGUAUUUCUGUGGUUGAACCAUGAUCGGACGCCGCAGGCAGAUUUCUUAGAUCGCGAGAUUGCUUUUACAAUUGAAAAUGCAUAUGUGCGGUACCAAUCAUACAUGAAUGCGGACGCGUUCAAGGCCGACGUUCUGAGGCUGAUGCCGACGCGUUUUGAGUACGGUCCUGUCUACAGCGCCAAUCCAAGACAGCGCAAAAUGCUUCCAAAAGGUGCAUGUGUGCCGGUGAAAAAAGAGUUCUGUCUGGAUAUCGAUUUAAGUGAUUAUAACAGCGUACGCACUUGCUGCACCGAUACUGCAGUUUGUAACAAAUGCUGGAAAUUUGCGACUAUUGCUAUUGAAAUCCUGAACGUGGCUCUUCGUGAGGAUUUCGGGUUUCAGAAUCUUCUCUGGGUCUUUUCGGGACGCCGUGGUGUGCACUGCUGGGUCAGUGAUGCGGCGGCGUUGACUUUAGACGAGGCUCAACGAUCCUCGAUUGCAGCUUAUCUUCAGGUCCUGGGGACCAGCACUCAGGGCAAACUGGUCAAUUUGCCUCGCCCUUUCCAUCCACACAUCGCUCGGAGCUUUGGCAUACUAAAAUCUCAUUUCAAACAGGUGGUUCUUGAAGAACAGGACCCAUGGAGAUCAGCUGACCAGGCAGAAGAAUUGCUCAAACGACUACAGCCGGCGGACCUUGUGGCACGCCUCAGAUCCAAAUGGGGAUCAAAAGAGAUACCUAGCUCUCAAAGGUGGGCAGAUAUCGACACAGAAACCAGGCAGCUGCCUGUGUCCUCGGGCUCUCGCAAUAGCGUUGGCGAUGCGGUAUUGGCGGCCAAGCAAGACAUAAUAUUCGAAUACUUAUACCCCCGUCUUGAUGCCGCUGUUUCACGAGGUCUCAAUCACUUGCUGAAAUCGCCUUUUGUUGUUCAUCCCUCCACGGGAAAGAUCUGCGUCGCUCUUGAUCUCAAAAAGCUAGACGAAUUCGAUAUUGAUGCGGUGCCUCGCUACGAUGCUAUUGUCAAGGAAUUGGAUGCUACAAACGAUAUUACAAAAACCUCCCUACGAGACUAUACGGAGUAUUUCAGACAUCACGUCCAGGAAACCCUUCCGAAAAAGCGGGCAGCGGACACCCUUGAUUUUUAA